AGUAUGAUAAUAAAUUUAUCUAUUAUAAGUUACAUAUAUUUCAGCUGUUGUUCUAGCAAAACUAAUAAUCACUGGCAGAAACUCUCAGCCACAAAUGCAGGAGAAGAGAAAAAACGGUGCGCUAACUUAACGACGUUUCUUCUGGAAGCUGCCCUCACACUCCGGAACUCCAUCAGCGUAAACGGUCGGCGCUCAUUUCUUUUGCUUGUGACUGCUGACUGACAUGGCGGGCCGCGUCUUGGCAACGGAGAACAGCCGCGCAGAACUAACUAUAAGCAGCAGCACUGAGCGAACUAAGAAGUUCCCACAGUAUCUCGCUGCCAUUCUGGGCACACAGGCCGCCCUGGUAGCUGGCUCCUUCAUGUCUUGGACAUCCCCGGCCCUACCGCUUCUACAGAAACACGGAAGCCUUCCUUACGUCACAGAUGAGGAAGGAUCCUGGAUUGGAUCCCUUCUGAACCUCGGGGCUUUCAUGGGCGCCCUGCCGGCCGGGUUGGUAGCCGACAGGAUGGGCCGCAAAUUCACCCUGUCCGUCCUGGCAGUGCCAUUGUCAGCUUCUUGGCUCAUAAUAGGCUUCGGCAACUCCGUCACGGAGUUGUUCGUCGGCCGGUUCAUAGCAGGCAUUGCAGUCGGUGCGGUGAGUGUGACGGUUCCGAUGUACAUAGCAGAACUUGCUGAGAGUUCCAUCCGUGGGGCGCUGGGAACGCUGUUCCAGUUGCAGAUGACGCUCGGCAUCCUGUUCAGCUACUUGGCGGGUAUGGUUGGGGACCACCGAGCCCUCAGCUUCAUAUCUUGCGCCCUGCCCGUGGUCUUCUUCAUCACCUUCACCUGGAUGCCGGAGUCGCCUGUCUUCCUUCUCUCAAAGAACAGGAAGGACGCGGCUAGGAAGGCCUUGCAGUGGUUCCGGGGCCAGGAUUAUGACGUGGAUGACGAACUGACCAAGAUGACGGACACGCUCAAGGAAGCGAAGCAGAACAAAGGCACUCUGGGUGAUCUGAUGUCCUCCCGGGGCACAGUUAUGGCUCUCAUCGUCGCGCUGGGCACAAUGACAUUCCAGCAGAUGAGCGGCGUCAACGCCGUUAUCUUCUACUCGGGGAAGAUCUUCGAGACAUCAGGCAGCUCUCUCUCUGCCACGUCUGCCUCCAUAGUGAUCGGCGUUGUUCAGGUCCUAGCCACUUACUCGUCCACACUUCUAGUUGACAGAGCAGGCCGAAGAGUCCUCCUGCUUAUCUCCUCAUCCGUCAUGGCCAUCUGCCUCACCGUCCUCGGCCUGUGUUUCCACCUGCAGGAACAUGGGCAUGACGUCAGUUCCAUCAGCUGGCUUCCGCUUGCUAGUGUCGCCGUGUUCAUAAUCGUGUUUUCCAUGGGGUUCGGGCCAAUUCCUUGGAUCAUGCUUGGCGAGCUGUUUCCAAACAACGUGAAGGGCAUAGCUUCAGCUGUGACUGCAGCAUCUUCUUGGAUCCUAGCUUUCGCCGUCACCAAGGCAUUCCAAAACUUGCUGGACCUCCUUGGGUCACCUGUCACGUUCUGGCUGUUUGCAGUGAUGUGCAUUGCCGGAACUAUCUUCACGGCUGUUCUCGUACCGGAAACGAAGGGCAAAGAUCUGCAGGAAAUUCAGCGAGAACUGAGUAGGCAGAGGAAGUCUGAAAGGGAACUGGAGGAUGUGGUGGAUGAAUCCAACACAAAACCAAUCUGAGGAUGUACAAAUGUCCUGUGUAUCAGGGACGCUUCGAGAAGACAUACAUGACUGGUAAUUUUGUUUUAAAAACUAGCAUCAGUUUCAGACGAAUAUCUGAUGUGGAUGCUUUUGAAGAAUAUUGAUUCAUAGAGUUCCUACGGAUUCAGUUCCUAUAAGCUUCUAGUGGCUAUCCUUGGCAGAUAUUACGUGUCACAGUUAUCUGGAGAUUAUUUUUACGUAUCCUUAACAACGUCUUGAUUCGACUCAAGAUGAACACAGCACAUUACACAGGAAGAUGGACGUCACAUGAUAAAACACAUAUUUCAGCAAAGGUUGUCACCGUGACUCGGUGAGCGCACUUUCUUUCUCUGAAGAAUUGCAGUAGGGACACAAGAUCUAUGUUCCAUGGCCAACUGUUCCAAAUAGCCUACAAAUCAAUCUCUUAAAUUUCAUAAAAACACAUAAAAGACGUAUACAUACAGAGAAGUAUUACAGAAUUAAAUUACUUUCAUCGUAAAAAAAGUCGAAGUCCUAAAAUCGCGAAUUCAAAUUCUAAUGUGUGAGAAAAAUAAACUGCGCGAAAAUCAA